GGUGAGCCGUCGUCGGCAGACAGGGACACAAGGACAAAAAUUGGGCUGCCUGCAUUUAUGAGCAUCAUAUAUGGUCUAUAUGAAGUCUAAUUCCUCACUAAGCCUUCCCAACACCUCCUAAUUUAUUCGGUACUAUAUGUUGUGCCAGAAUGGUCAGGAGAGCAAUGAUGCCAUCGCCAGGGUUGAGAGCUGCUGACAUGUCAGUCAUCUGUGGUAAUUCGGAGGCCAGCCGAUUGACUUCAUCAGCAGACAUUACAUGGAAGGUGCAGCCUGGCUUAGUAGCUGGCGAAGACAGGGGAAGAAGAAUGGCCUCUAUCUCAGUAACCAGUAGUAGGACAUGGCACUGCAAGCAGGGAAAGGGGGACUUCAAGUCGACAAGUGGAAACCGACAGGAAAGACUACGGUCGUUGUCGACGACAUCAUCGUUCCGCCCCGGCACAUUGGGUCUGCCCGCUGUUGCCGCCGCCACCACCUCCUCUGUUUGCUCCUCUUCGUCUGUGUCUUUGUCCUUUCCUCUCUCCUUCAUGCUGUCCUGUUCUCCUUGGUGGCCAUCACUUCACAAUAGUGGACAGCAGUAUCAUCAUCAUCAUCAUCAUCAUCACUGUCAGGGGCUUGCUGGUUAUGGUGGUGACACGGCGCACUCACCGUUCACGUCUGCCAAGCCCUCGCGGUGUCCAUUGAGAAUACAGAGGAAUAAGAAGGAACAGUGGCACAUGAAAGGUCUCGCCGGUGAUGAUGACAGCGUAGGGCCCUCAACCGGGAAAGGGGACUUGUCGCAUGAUGAAGGUGGGAGAGGAAGAGAUGUCUGGGAUGAUGACGACGACGGGUUAUCGCGUCUGGCGGCAGACAUCGAGUCCAUGAAAGCACAGAAGGAGCGGGUGAACCGGUCUGCUGCUACGUCGAACAGAUCCCGGGCUGCGGAUCGUGACAUUGGGAGUCGGUUUGGCUCGGUGACAGCUGCCAAUGAUGGUGGUGCAUCAAGUGGCAGUGGUUGGAAGGACCUUCUAGAUAAGGUCCUAGUGGUGGACUUCUUUUUCGUUUGUGUAGCUUUGCUCUGGCUGGUUGGCGGGUUAGUGGAGCGUGCCGCCUUCAACCGAACAAAUGUAAUCGAGACAUGGGCGACCCUGUGGACGCCCCUCUUUCAGCCGGCCCUGGGAAUUCUCAUGGCUGGUGCUCUGGUUUCUGGGUUGGCUGGGUAUUUCAGUGGCAAGGACAAGAAGUAGUGGGCCCCUGGAUUCUGCAAUUUUUUUUACUCUGAAAUUCGAAGUUUUUCUCCAGUUUCUUAGGCCCCAACUUCAUUCACCGUGCCAAACUUGUGCAAUUUUUUUAUUUUAUUUUUUUAUUAUUAUUUUUUUAAUAGACAGUCACACGGAUUUUUCCGGCAUAUGGGUACGCAGGCCGGGUUAACUCAUCACUCGCAGAAUAAUGUAUACUUAACCAGUUGCAGUCUUUGGGUUUAACAAAGACAUUGCUUGUGC